CGCUAGCAAAAACAUGGCUGCCCAGCGCCGCUACACGGUGGCCAACAACUGGAGCGGGUCGCUCGUACAUGGCGUCUCCACUCUGCUCGGUGAGCGCGAGCUCUGAACGGCCCAAAGGCAAGGGCAUCGUCGAGGUACAGCCGCGGGUGACAAUUCACUCCGUCAACGAGAUCGACGUCAAGGCGCAGACGUUCGAGAUGGAUCUGCAGGUCGAGCUGCAGUGGAAGGAUCUCGGCUGGCUGGAGAGAAUGGAGCAGCCGGACUGGAUGGCGGCGGCCAAGGAGCUCGGCUGGCAGGAGCAGAUGCGGAAAACCUGCUGGCACCCGGGCCUCGUGCUCCGAAACUGCAAGGAGAAGCGCGACGACGCGGAGGUCUGGUUCCGCGUCGACAGGAAGGAAGAGGUGCACGAUGCGCAGGACCGCCGCAUCUACUUCAUCGCUCGCGUUCACGCCGUCUUCCGCACCAAGUACAGGCUGCACAAGUUCCCCUUUGACAUGCAGUGGCUGACGGUGCGCAUGGGCUCGUCCUUCGAGUUCGUGCGCUUUGUGCGGCAGGGCGUCUCCAAUCAGGCGGAGAAGCCGGACUUCCUCGACCGCGCGGCCUUCAUCCUCGAAGAGUAUCGCCCGCCGGAUUACGUCUGUGUGGAAGCCAAACCUGCGGACAAGGCGGCGAGCUCAUCAGCCAUCCGGUAUCAGGACCUGAACAUCAAGGUUGCGGUGCAGCGCAACCACUGGUACUACCUGAUGAACGUGUUCCUGAUCGACUUUGCGCUCGUCGGCUCGUCGCUCUUCGUGCUGCUGGUGCCUCCCGCACAGUUCGAGGACCGCAUGGGCCUCUCGCUCACGCUGUUGCUGACCGCCGUCGCCUUUAAAGAGCUCGUCAACACCUACCUGCCGCAGAUCUCCUACUCGACGAUCCUGGACAAGUACGUCCUCGCCGGAUUCAUCAUGCAGGUGCUCGUCGUCGUUCAGAACGCCGUCGCAAAGGUCGAGGCUGGCGAGCACGACAUCCUGGCGUUCUCGGACACCAUGGGCUUUCCCCUCCUCUUUGCGUACCUCGUCGGCUACCAUCUCUACUUUCUGUGCGAGGCGUGGCGAGCCACGCGGGAGGACGCCGAGUACUGGGUCCGCAAGGCAGGGGAAAGAUCCUUUGAGGGGCAGGACCGGAAGGAGGCCUACAGGUGGCACCGCGUGCAUGACGUGCCCCCUCUGGAGAAGGAGGAGGAGGAGGAGGACGUUGACGAGCAGCAGCAGCAGCAGCAGCAGCAGCAGAGCAACGAACCGCGAGAACGCGUUGAGCGAGCACCCGUCCAGCCGCAGAAGAGGGGACGGCAGCUGCGAGCAGCCAACCCAACGAGGCUGCUCCGGUCGGUGUCGCCGAGAUUUAUCCGGCCCGCGCCAAACCCGUACGUGCAGAUGCCAGAUCAGGGCUGAUUUUAUUACGGUGGAUACGGUAGGGUACGUUACUGUCGACUGUGGACUCUAGUCUUUU